CCGGCGGGGUCCGGAAGGCCACCCCAGAUGGCCUCGAGGGCGGCCUGUGAGUGGAGGUGAGGUCUGGAGCUGCUGGCCUUGCUGCGCCAGCCGGGCGUCCCCAUGCCGCCGGCCGCUUUCGCCUUACCCCGUUCGAGUCGGUGGCGCUAAGGCGCCGGGGCAGCGCGCGACAUGUCGUCGGGCCUCCGCGCCGCCGACUUCCCCCGCUGGAAGCGCCACAUCGCGGAGGAGCAUAACAAGUUGCUGGAGAAGUCAGAUCUGCAUUCGGUGCUGGCCCAGAAACUGCAAGCUGAAAAGCAUGAGAUGCCCAACAGGCACGAGAUCAGUCCAGGACACGACGGGACAUGGAGUGAUAGUCAGCUACAAGAAAUGGCCCAGCUGAGGAUGAAGCACCAGGAAGAACUGACUGAGUUGCACAAGAAGCGUGGCGAGUUAGCGCAGCUGGUGAUUGACCUGAAUAACCAAAUGCAGCAGAAGGACAGGGAGAUGCAGAUGAAUGAAGCAAAAAUUGCCGAGUGUUUGCAGACGAUCUCCGACCUCGAGACGGAGUGCCUGGAACUGCGCAGCAAGCUGCAGGACCUCGAGCGAGCCAACCAGACCCUGAAGGAUGAGUACGACGCCCUGCAGAUCACGUUCACUGCCUUGGAGGAGAAGCUGAGGAAAACCACUGAGGAGAACCAGGAGCUGGUCACCAGGUGGAUGGCCGAGAAAGCCCAGGAAGCCAAUCGCCUGAACGCAGAGAAUGAAAAGGACUCCAGGAGGCGGCAAGCCCGGCUGCAGAAAGAGCUCGCAGAGGCCGCAAAGGAACCGCUACCAGUGGAACAGGACGAUGACAUUGAAGUCAUUGUGGACGAGACCUCAGAUCACGCUGAGGAGACCUCUCCCGUGCGAACCAUCAGCAGGGCAGCCACUAAGCGACUCUCGCAGCCUGCUGGAGGCCUUCUGGAUUCUAUCACUAAUAUCUUUGGUCUGCCCGAGUCUCCCCUUUUGGGACAUCACUCUUCCGAUGCUGCCAGGAGACGCUCUGUCUCUUCCCUCCCGGUCCCCCAGGAUAACGCGGAUACGCACCCGAGUUCCGGUAAAGAAGUGAGGGUGCCCACGACUGCCCUGUGUGUCUUUGAUGCACACGAUGGGGAAGUCAACGCCGUGCAGUUCAGUCCAGGUUCCCGGUUAUUGGCCACGGGAGGCAUGGACCGGAGGGUUAAGCUUUGGGAGGUGUUCGGAGACAAAUGUGAGUUCAAGGGUGCUCUCUCCGGCAGUAAUGCAGGAAUUACAAGUAUUGAAUUUGAUAGUGCUGGAUCUUACCUCCUAGCAGCAUCAAACGAUUUUGCAAGCCGAAUCUGGACUGUGGAUGAUUAUCGGUUACGGCACACGCUCACAGGACACAGUGGGAAAGUGCUGUCGGCGAAGUUCCUGCUGGACAACGCACGCAUCGUCUCAGGAAGUCACGACCGGACCCUCAAACUCUGGGAUCUACGCAGCAAAGUCUGCAUAAAGACCGUGUUUGCAGGGUCCAGUUGCAAUGAUAUCGUCUGCACGGAGCAGUGCGUGAUGAGUGGACAUUUUGACAAGAAGAUUCGUUUCUGGGAUAUCCGGUCAGAGAGUAUAGUCCGAGAGAUGGAGCUGUUGGGGAAGAUCACUGCACUGGACUUGAACCCAGAAAGGACUGAGCUGCUGACCUGCUCCCGGGAUGACCUGCUGAAAGUGAUUGAUCUGCGAACAAAUGCCAUCAAGCAGACGUUCAGUGCACCUGGGUUCAAGUGUGGCUCUGAUUGGACCAGAGUUGUCUUCAGCCCCGAUGGUAGUUACGUGGCAGCAGGCUCGGCCGAGGGCUCCCUCUAUGUCUGGAGCAUGCUCACUGGGAAGGUGGAGAAGGUGCUUUCAAAGCAGCACAGCUCGUCGAUCAACGCGGUGGCCUGGUCCCCGUCUGGCUUGCACGUGGUCAGCGUGGACAAAGGCAGCAAAGCCGUGCUGUGGGCACAGCACUGACCCUCCUCAGGAGGAGCAAGGCCUCCUGCGCCACGACCCCUGGGGAGGCAGCGAACCCUGUGGACCAUGGCCUUUGUGCUCACAGGAUCUCUGAGGACUUGGACCGAGGGUUCUAGUGGCCUGGAAGAUCACCGAAAAUCUUGCGCUGCGGGCUCUCAGCAGAGGCUUGGGGUCUUGCCUUGACCCGAGCAGUAAACACUACUAGCUCUGAUCUUCCAUACCUCACUAGGGUGAACACGGGGACCCCUCUGGGCCCCCUCCCUGAGCGGCAGUGCCAAAAGCACCCCACAUAUCAGGUGUUGGUCCCUUUUGCUUUCUCCUGCCCUUCCAAAGUUGGCUCUGGCCUAAUGCAUGUCCUGCCACUGUGGGGUCCAUGCCCAUGAGCUUGCCUGACCUGACUGAGGGGGACCCGCGCUCCCUGGUGAGCCGUGGUCCUGCACAGGCCUCUGUCCUCUGACAUGUCUGAUUUCUGCUGAAACCUCCUUAGGGCUUCAGCUGUUCUGGCUCCCACUUCUUCCAGCAGUUCCACGUAUCUAUUUUUGGUCAAGAAAUUAGCUUCUAUUUGGUUUUAAAGUUGUCUUGCAUAGGAGAGGAAGUGAAAGGCUUUUCCAGAGAAGGGUUUGCUGCAGAGGUGAGGGCGGUUCCAGUGUGGGUCUGCAGGUGCCCAGAGGCAGGGGCACACCUGUUCCUGUGCUGGCGGGAGGUGAGGGUGGGAGACCUCGAACACAGCGCUCUGGAGCCCGUGGCUGCAGACUCCAUGGCCCCUUUGUCACACCACGUAAGUGCUGCAGUGUGGGGUGCCCCAUCCAGGGAGCACAGCGCUGUCUUCCCGCUGCAGGGGUAGCAACGGAGGCCACGCAGAACGGUCGUCUUUACCGUUUGACCAGAUCCCACGUUCUGGCUGUCCUGCCUGGGUUUCUGAAACACCAAUGUUUUUAUCACUUUUUAUUUUGCACUUUAUUGCUUUUCUUCCACACUUGUUUCUGGACAGCUGGGGACAUGAGUGUCAGCUGGUGCAAGAGGGCUGAGGCAGCCCUUCCUCCGACAGGGCGUUGUCUCUGCUCUUCCUCUUCCCCUUCCCCACCUGCGGUUCCCCUUUGUGGUUUGCUGUUCAGAGAACUCGUGUUAAGGGGAGUUGAAAUUCACAGCCAGGGUGGGCCUAUCUUAUUUAUUUGUGUCGCCCAAUAGAACUUGAUUGUAAAUAAAUAAAAUCUGUUAUAUACUUUUCAAA